AUGUUAGCACCAUUAGGAUGUCCCUUGAAAGAUCUCGAGUACGCCGACGAUGACGUUAUAUUCAGGGAAAACAAUGCGAAGCUUCAACAUGUUGUCAACCCUGUACCAAAGCUAGCUGCAGCUAAGUACAAGCAGAUGUGGGAACUUCGGGCAGAAAUCAGAAUGCAUGGACAACCGAUCUUGUCGAUGAGGAGCUAUCCUCUUUACGAACGAGCUGCAGGCAACCACGAACUCAUCUUCGAGUUCAUGAGUGCGAAAUCUUUCGCCAAUCCUAAUGAACACACCAUCGGGCUCUUCACUUGUAAUCAGUCGGAAUGCAAGGUUAGCAAGCAAUGGGAAACCGGAAUCAAUAGAGUACAAGAUGAAGCUGCUUCCACCUACAUAGACUUGAAUAAAGCUUUUGAUUCAUUUGAGACGAACGCGGUUAUGGAAGCCUUGGACUACGAAGGCGUCCCUUCUGCAAAGAUAAAGAUGCUCUUUGUGUUAACUAGCAAAUUUGCUAUCAGAAUUCCUCUAUUCUGUAUUAAUGUCACAACCGACGUGGUUCGACAAGGUGACACAAUGUCACCUAAAAUAAGCAGUACCACUCGUGAGAAUGCGAUGCGAGGAUUGGAAUGUGAUAACAUGAGAGUGAAAGUUGAUGCCCGGCGAUAA